GGCAAGAGACGCGGAGUGGAAACUCGACAGUUUGACGCUCGACUCAACUGUGCGCGGAACGGUGGCGAGACUUUAAACAGAAAGAGAAAAGCGCACGGCCAUUUGAAACAAUGGACAAAUUAGCUGUUAAAUUAAAACGAUUUUCGCCACAUUUAACGUGAUUUCGUUUGUUGUAAGUGUUAUAAUUAGCUGCGCAACGGCUUUUGGUUUGUCAGAGAAAAAUAAUGGAGCGCGGAGACCACAGUCCAGAGCUCAACGAACCAAAACCGUCAUCCAAAGCCAAUCAGGAACCCAUACGAUUCGGGAUCGACCGGAUUCUGGGCUCCUUUGAUGCGGAAAGCAGUCGUGCGCACGGCGGAAGCACUGUGGAUAACGGUGGUCCUGAUAACAGUCGUCUUGGAAGCCCAAAUAAAGCGAGCGUUGCUCCUCAUGCCGCUUUGCCCGUCUCUCUCUCAGGGAUCACGGGCUCACUAGAGGAUUCCGGGCGGAUGUUUGGAAUGAGCGGAACUUUUGUGCCCAACGGGGUCAUUCGGGUUCCGGCGCACAGACCUCUGACUGCCUCUGUACCGCCGUCAAUGGUGAGCGCAGUACCGACACUGGGAAGUCUGUGUUUCCCGUGGAUGGACAAUAAUCGCAGGUUCUCCAAAGAGAGACUGCCAGCUCUUAUUCCCUUUGCGGUGACCCGGCGGAUUGGUCACCCGUAUCAGAACCGAACUCCGCCGAAACGCAAAAAGCCCCGCACGUCGUUCUCGCGUGUUCAGAUCUGUGAGUUGGAAAAACGCUUUCACCGACAGAAAUAUCUUGCCAGCGCGGAGCGCGCAUCCCUCGCCAAGAACCUGAAGAUGACGGACGCGCAGGUGAAAACCUGGUUCCAAAACCGGAGGACCAAGUGGAGAAGGCAAACAGCAGAGGAAAGAGAGGCAGGCCGCCAACAAGCCAAUCGGAUGCUGCUUCAGCUUCAGGCUGACGCCCUCCAAAAGUCCAUAAGUGAAUCGGUGUCCUCGGAUCCUCUGUGUGUGCACAACACUUCCCUCUUUGCCCUCCAGAACCUCCAGCCUUGGGCCCAGGAGAGACCUGGUAAAAUGGUCCCGACAAGCACCACGCUUGCUUAAAACAGCCCAUAGAUGGGUGCUGGAUACCUAGAAGACACAUUCUCCGAUUCAACAAGUCCAGAGGAGCACUUCCAGAAUGUGAAGAAACUGCUAUCUGCUUUUUGAUAAAUCAUUUUAUAUGUAAAGUGCAAUCCAUGCACUUUUUUGUGGAAACAGUGAGGUGAAAGCGUUAUUGACGUCUGUAAAAUACUUGCACAAAACUUUAAAAACAAAAGCAACGGCAAAAGGUUCAGUGAACUAACUGGCAACAACCCAACACAGUCUUGUACAUAUCAGCUGUUUGAAGAAAGCAUCUAUGAAAAACACUGUACUGGUCAUACAAAAACAAAUAUGAAACAUUUUAUGUUAUUAAAAUAAAUAACUGUCCAGCGUU